AUGCCGAAGGUUAAGAACCCCCACGUUUUCAUGGACAUAUCAAUCGGUGGGGGCAGCGCCGAGAGGAUUACAUUCGAGGUUGUGAAGCUUGAAGCAGCAUGCUUGCUAUUCGCAAAUGUAGUUCCAAAGACCGCAGAGAACUUCAGAGCACUCUGUACUGGUGAAAGAGGCCUUGGAGCAUCUACACAGAAACCACUCUAUUAUAAGGGAACGAAUAUCCAUCGCAUAGUUAAAGGGUUUGUUGCUCAGGGUGGUGAUUUUUCAAGAGGAGAUGGACGUGGUGGAGAGAGCAUUUAUGGUGGAAAAUUUCCAGAUGAAAACUUCAGACUACUGCACGAUCAGCCUGGUGUCCUGUCCAUGGCAAAUUCUGGACCAGACAGCAAUGGGUCACAGUUUUUUAUUACAUUCAAGGCUCUACCUCAUCUUGAUGGCAAACAUGUGGUCUUUGGGAAGGUGGUCAGUGGAAUAGCUUUGCUUAAAAAGCUUGAAGCAGUUUGUGGUGAAAGUGGAAAUCCUUCUCGUCAAGUGAAAAUUGUAGACUGUGGUGAAGUUUCCAACACAAAUUCUCAAGAUCUGCUAAAGGGAGAGAAAGAAAAAAAACUAAAAACGGCAGAUGAUAGUGGCUCUGAUUCAGAAUCACACUCAUCAAUGGAUACUAGCUCGUCCAGUGAUCAUAGGCGUAAGAGAAGAAAAGGAUCUAAGAAGAAUAAGCGCAAGCCCACAAAGAGGAAGGGUAAACAUACAAGGAGUAAGAGAAAGAGUAGAGGAUCCAAAAGGCGAUCUAAACGGAGCUAUGGGAGUUCAAGUGAUGAUUCAGUAAGCUCUAAGACAGAUAACAACAGUUCUGACAGUGAAAAUGGCAGCCAUCGUACCAAGCGUUCCUUGCCGAAAGAUAAAGAGAGUACCAAAAUGACAAAUUCAGAACAAGGAAUAUCUUUUCAAGAUGUAGACAAAGGUAAACAAACAGUUACUACCGUCAACCGAUCACAAUCACCUGAUGGGAGUAAACCCUCAAACAAAGAUGACAACAGGGCUGAUGACAGAUAUGGAAAUUACAAUUCAGAAGAUAGGAAUGAUCCAGGUGCAAGUUCCAGGAUCAAUCCCAUCCAGGUUGAUGUAAAUUUACCGAAACCAGUAAAUGGAGAUGGCAACAUUGGUGGUGAUAAUGCAGAGGCUGACAUGUCUAGAACUGGUACAGAAAGGCACCUGCCAAGCAAUGAACCUGUGUCCACAAAUAGUAAAGAUUUAGCUGUGGGUUCUGCAGACAAUGGGCAGCCUCAACGAAUCAGGAAAGGACGUGGUUUUACUCAGAAGUAUGGGUAUGCACGCCGAUACAGGACGCCAUCUCCUGAGCGCCCCCCUGUUCGACCCCGCUACGAUGGAGGGAGAGAUGAUAGAUGGAACAAUUUCAAUAGGUAUGGAAGAAAUGGUCCUUACAGUAGACGCUCGCCAGUAAGGAGAUACCGUGGCUCGCCAAGAGCCAAUAGCCCUUCCAGGUACCCAAGAAGGGGCCGAAGCAGGAGCAGGUCACGCAGCCCAGGGAGGCGUCAUGACCGUGGAGGGUAUCGCCGCCCCAGCCCAAGACGUAGCCGCAGCCCUGCAGAACCGAGACGCGAUGUGAAUGAUAGGCCUCGAUCAGGUCAUGGUGGAGGCGAUCCUGACCACAGCCCCCUUGCCAACAGGUCCAGAUCUCCUGAUGCUGCCCCAGUCAAGAGGGAGAGCUCAAAAUACAACCGCAGGCGUAGCAGUAGCUCAAGGUCCAGCAGCCCUGAUGGAAACAAAGGCCUGCUGUACAUUUGGAUGUCCUGUGUUAGACUUGAAAUGUUUCUUAUGUCAGCUUGCACAUCAUAUACUUCUGCGGCAAUAGGCGAAGUUGACGCCUCCACUGCUGCUGCCUCUGCAGCAGGGCCACAGAGGCAGCAACGGACAAUUACCGUUCUUGAACAAAUUUUGGUCCAUCCAAUCCACUCGUCCUUCAUGCAGCUAUACUGUAUCAACCACAUUACAGCACAUCGACACGCUCUGGGGCCAAUGUUCUGA